AUGUCCGCGCAGAAUACGCGCCCGCCGAAGCGCAUUAUUAUUUGCUGUGAUGGGACAUGGCAGUCUUCCAAUCAUGGGCUGCACGAGAUACCAUCAAAUAUUGCAAAAAUAUCACAUUGUCUUUCGCACUUAUUCGUUAACGAGUAUGAGCAGCACGUCCCGCAAGUCAUCUAUUAUAGUGCUGGCGUAGGCAAGAAAAUUACGGGACUCGCCAAGCGAUUAGGCGGCGGACUGGGAUUAGGUCUGGAUAAGGAUGUUUAUGAAGCAUAUAAUUUCAUUGUUUCCAACUACUGCAGCGGCGAUGAACUCUUCUUUUUUGGCUUCUCUCGUGGCGCAUACACUGUGCGAGCUGUUGUAGGAUUGAUUUGCCGAGUUGGAAUCUGUGAGCCCCAGAGAAUGUCUCAGUUCUGGCAAAUGUUUGCAGUGUAUAAGACCUUAAACCCAGAUCAGGGUUUGAGCGACCAUAAAUGGGGAAGGCCGUCCCUAGUAGACCCCCCCGAAAAAUUCAAGGUCACGGUUAAAGGAAAGUCCACGCCUGUCGAUAAAGGAAGUGGAAGUGAUGGAAGUGACUGGUUUCGUCACUCCACAACGAACAUCAAGAUCAAGAUAGUCGGCGUUUGGGACACCGUUGGAAGCCUCGGUAUACCUGACAAUUAA